AUGGAUUCACAAACUCAUACAUCGCCCGGCGUAAGUACGCGGGACUCUGGACUACGGCUGCCUUCCACCACAAACCCUCCUGGGCCCCAGAAUCCUCCAAAGCAACUCGUAUGGCUGAUCUUUGGUGCGACAGGCCAUAUCGGCCGUUCGGUGGUGAAAUCGGUUCUCGGCCACAACGAUCUGGUUGCGGCCGUUGGCCGUACAUUCGAAACAACCCCCGAGAGCAUGGGACGUCUUCACCAGGAAAACAAGAAUUGUCUUGGUCUACUGUGUGAUGUCCGCACCAGGGAGACGGUGAAAGCGGCUAUUGACCGCACAAUUGCUCACUGGGGGCGAAUAGACAUCGUGGCCAACUGUUCCGGCUACGGAGUGAUCGGGGCAUGCGAGGACCAGGAAGAGUACGAUAUACGAAAUCAGUUUGAAACUAACUUCAUGGGCACGCUGAAUAUAGUGCAAUUGGCCCUUCCGCAUUUCAGAGAACGCGGAUCAGGGAGGUAUAUCAUUUUCAGCUCGACUUCCGGCGCACUUGGAGUUCCUGGGCUGGGUCCCUAUUGCGCUUCGAAGUAUGCGGUUGAAGGGCUGAUUGAAAGCAUGUUGUAUGAAGUCGACUGUUUCAAUAUCAAGUGCACGCUUGUUCUGCCUGGCCAUAUACGUCGUGAUGACCAUGACUCGAUACCCGGGAUGCCUGAGAGUCAAAGUUACCUUACCUCACCCUUGCCAGCCUUUGGACAUUUCAUGAUAAAGCCAGCUAGUGAGCCGUACAGCGGAGUCACUGCCCCGGCUGCCCAUGCGAGACGUAUCUUGCAAUGGCUAGGUGACAAACCGCCUACAAGUGCUGUGAAAUCCGCUGAGCUUGUAUGGCAGUUAGGCCACUGUUCUUAUCCUCCAUUAAGGCUACUGCUAGGCACGUAUGCGGUAGAGAGCAUCCGAGACAGGUUGAAAUGUGUUACGGAAGAGAUAGAAGAUUGGAAGCACUUGAAUUUUCCUUCGGCCGAUCAACCACCACAGACCAACGCCUCCGCCAGAACAGAAGGGGAUUCAGCAACGAAAGAAGCGGAUGAUCAAUCGGCAUCUAACGAUAUGCAAGUAACUGAAUAA